CCCCGAGUCCCAAUCGUGCGCUCAGUCAAGCUCGCUCCCGAGUUCCUCAGAGCGCAAAACACGCACAGGAAUGGCUGCUGCACGAGACCGGGAUUUAAUGUAAUAAUUCAACAUUUCCCGCUAAUUAUCGAUUUGGGGGGAGUAUUCAGAGAUAUUUUUAUGUCUCCUUCAGCACUUUUGUUUGAGUACUCCGUCUCUCUGAUGUCUAAAUCCAUGGCUUUUGUUUGAGAAGACAACGGAGAGGAACCGGGAAAGAAACACCCAAGUAACGUUAGUCCGACUGUCUCUAUCUGGGAAAGUGAUUUCUUCGUCUCGUGGACUGCUGAAGGAUGUCGUCUGCAAGUGUUGAUUAUAUCGCUCCUUGGUGGACUUACUGGCUUCAUCAGUUUCCUCAUGUGAAUCUAAGGUUUCAGCCGUUGGAUCACACGUUUAAACCGCAAGAUGAAAACUACCAGCAGUCGCUCAUCUUCCUGGGCUGUGUAGCUGCAGCUGGGCUCGGUGUGAACCUGCUGUGUCUGGCCAUCUACCUGAGCUGCCUGUGCUGCUGUCGGAGGGAUGAGGAGGAAGAGGAAAGUAAGAAAUCCAACUCCUGCUGUGUCACUUGGACUGCUGUUGCUGCCGGACUCAUCUGCUGUGUUGCCGUGGGAGUUGGUUUCUAUGGAAACAGUGAAACCAAUGAUGGGGUGUACCAGCUGACCUAUUCUCUCUAUAAUGCCAAUCACACGCUGGCGGGAGUGGACAGUUUGGUCACUGGUACUGUGGGAGGCAUGCAGAGUGGCCUGAACGAGCAUUUGUCUCGACUGGGUGAGAUCUUUGCAACUCGAGGAGACUUUGUGCAGACACUGCAGUUCAUGCAACAGAUGUCAGAAAACAUCAUGAAGCAGCUGCUUGGACUUCCUGACUGGGAAAAGGCGAAAGUAGACCUGGCCGCCAUAGCUGAUCAGACAGCAUAUGUGGAAUAUUACAGGUGGUUGACAUACCUCUUGAUACUGAUCUUGGAUCUGGUCAUCUGUCUUGCUGCUUGUCUGGGUCUGGCCAAACAAUCCCGCUGGCUGCUCACUACGAUGAUGGUCUGCGGUGUUCUGACUCUGAUAUUGAGUUGGGCGUCUCUCGGAGCUGAUGUGGCCACUGCAGUGGGCACAAGUGAUUUCUGUGUUGCUCCAGACAAAUUUCUGAUGAACCAAACAAAAGAUGUGAUCAGCUCAGAUAUUGUGCAUUAUUACCUGUACUGCAGUCAGACGCUCCCCAACCCAUUUCAGCAGUUUGUUUUGCAGUCCCUGACUGUCUUCCAGAGAUCCCUGACCACCAUGCAGAUCCAGAUCCAAGGUCUCCUGCAGUUUGCAGUGCCUCUGUUCCCCACAGCUGAGAGAGAUUUACUGAGUAUUCAGCAUUUAUUGAAUAAUUCAGAGGCCAGUUUACAUCAGCUAACUGCACUUCUAGACUGCCGAGGACUCAAUAAGGACUACCUGGACGCUCUGAUAGGUGUGUGUUAUGACGGUGUGGAGGGGUUACUGUAUCUCGCUCUGUUCUCUCUCCUGGCGGCCUGUGCCUUCUCUGUCAUGCUGUGUGCCAUCCCGAGAGCGUGGCGACAGAUUGCCAACAGAGAUAGAGAUUACGAUGACAUUGAUGACGGGGACCCAUUUAACCCUCAGACCCGACGAAUGAUGUCCCACCAUUCAGAGCAGGGCAACAUGCACAGCUUCUGCAGCUACAGUAGCAGCAUGGGCAGCCAGACCAGCCUGCACCCUCCAACACAGACUGUGACCAACGCACCCCCGAACCAGUCUGCGCUGUUUGGAGGAAACCCGCGCUAUGAGAACGUGCCUCUGAUCGGGAGGGGAUCUCCUCCUCCUUCGCUUUACUCUCAGCCAUAUAGAAACCGCUACUCUCCAACCAUGAGAGCCACCUACCUCUCCAUGACCGAAGACCAGAUCAGACACUUCGGGGGGGAUUUCCGAGCGUAGACUUGAUCUGUUGUCCUCUGGUCUUCACACGCUGGACAUAAGGAAAACUCUCACGAAAGCAUGCGUGCGCGCCCAUCUCAAAGGAGCUCAGUCUGAAAGUUGAACACCAUUCUAAGAGCACUCAAUGUGUGUCCGUCAAUUAUUCUGAUGGUGCAAAGCUUCUUUUCCAUCACUACUGACAGAUUUUUUUAUGAGGUGCUGAAAUAUCCUCUCCCUAAUAAUCAUUUUUAUUUGUAUUUUUACACCGUAUUUUUCAUCAAACAGACUGUUGGUCUUUCUUCUCUAUUGCCUUUUCAACUGCAGAAACUGUUCGACGUGGGUAACCACAAUUAUUUUGGAUCCACUUUAUAUUAAAUGUCUUUUCACUACUACAGUACGUACUAACAUUUAAAGUGACGUGACAGUAUGGUGUAUGGAGUAUGGUGACCCAUACUCAGAAUUUGUUCUCUGCAUUUAACCCAUCCAAAGUGCACACACAAAGCAGUGAACACACACACCAUGAACACACACACAGAGCAGUGGGCAGCCAUCCAUGCCGCGGCGUCCGAGGAGCAGUUGGGGGUUCAGUGCCUUGCUCAAGGGCACCUCAGUCGUGGUAUUGCCGGACCGAGAAUCAAACCCACAACCUUAGGGUUAGGAGUCAAACUCUCUAAUCACUAUGCCACGACUUCCCCAAAUUAAGAAUUUGAUGCACUGGACUUCUUGUGUACAUACAUGGCUUUACAUAUAUAUGUGUGUGUGUGUGUGUGUGUGUGUGUGUGUGUGGGUAAUCUAUUGCAUAAAUUACACUCUUAACCUUUAAAACGAACCAUACCAUAAAACCUGUCCCUCACCUUAACUGCAUCCAAUUCCAAUAGCAAGUGUUACAAUACAAACUGAACACAAACAGUGUUUUUAGUAUUAUUUAUUAUUAUAAUACUUAUUAUAACAAAAAUAAAUGAUGCACUAUUACAUGCAAGUAACCCUAAGACAAAACCUAAUUCUUAGUGCAGGUAGUUAAUUAAUAUUACUCAGUACCUAAAGGUACAAAUACACUGUAACAAGGACACCUUAAAAUGAAGUGUGAACCUUUUUCUGAUAUAUAUACAAUAUGAAAAUUGUUUUGAAUUAAUUUUAGUUAACAAGAACAACACUGACACAAACAAUUGAUUGAAGUACAUAGUAGGUAUAGACAACUAAUAUAAAUAUAGUGGGACCACUAUUUUUUAGGCAUAGAAAUUUAGCUUUUUUUUUUCUUACCAGAGUACAUGACCUUAUAAAGGUUAUCUAUUUGCCAUUUUAAAGAUUGUGUACAUAUAAGUGCGGACACUGGUUGAAGUAUUAAUAUUCUGUGUACUGGACAUUUAGUCCUGCAGUGUACAGCAUUGCUAGCAUCAUCAUAGUAGGUUUGCUAGAUAAUUUUCUAAGCGGUUGCUCAUGAAAAGGUAUCUUAAUUUUUUAGCAGUGUGCAGUGUGGACUUAAUGGACAUGUCAUCAUUUUAUAUGAUGGCUAACUGUACAGAUACUAAUGCAUCUUCUGAUUUUGAAGUGAAGCCUCUUCUGUUUUCUUAAUGUGUUUUGUGCCAAGAAUGGAAGCAUGUUUUGUGCCUCUAAAGCCUUUGUUUUCUUUCCCUCUCCCUUUGAUUGAUUGAUUGAUUGACUUUUACCUCAUUUCUAGCAGACACGAAUGAGGAGUUAUUUUGCUUGGAACUUAAAAUCGCAGAUCUUCUCAUAUCAACUCGAGAGAGCACUGAGCCAAUCUCUUCCCGUGAUACAAAUGCAUAUGCUUUGUAUUAACCUGUUGACCAGCUGUACAUAACAUGUAUGAUAAUCAUUGUUGUCUGAUUAUUUUCAGUAUGUUAUUUGAUAAAAUCAGCUACUUGGA